AGGUUUCCUUGCUAUCAGCUGUUUCUACUUAACCAUCAAUUAAUGCUGUCUUGAGAAUCCUUUAAAAGAAGCUUCAGACGCUUGUAAAGACAUUGCAAAGAGGCUCUUGUGGAAGGUGUGUGCUACUCCUGAAGAUGUUGUGGGUCUUGUAUCUGCUGAUUGGAAGCACAACCUGCUUUCCCAGAUUCCAAUGGGAUUCAACAAAAGGGGUGAGUUCUUACCCGGGCAGCAGCUCCUCUCUACCACGUCUACCCAACCCAAGCAAUGACGGAGCAGCCAAAACUCCUGGCCCUGGCAGUUACGGUAGCGACACCAACAUGGCUGAGGGUCCAGCAUUCAGCAGUGACGAGUAUCGUUUCAGGGAUGAACAUUACAGCCCUGAGGUCGGCACAUAUGGGGUUGCCUAUGGCUCUUCUGAAUUUAGUGGGUAUGAUAGUGGUGCACCAAGUAGUAGCUAUAGUGGUGGUUAUGGUAGCUAUAGUGGUGGUUAUGGUAGCUCAGCAGGUGGUUAUGGUAGCUCAGCAGGUGGUUAUGGUAGCUCAGCAAGUGCUUAUGGAGAGGAUGACUCCUAUGGGUUUGAGACCCCUCGAGAUGAGAGCUGGGGCUCUGGACCUGCUACCUUCUAUGGCACCAGUGACGAAAACCCUGAGCCAUUCUUCAGUGACGUGUCUGAUCUAGAGCCAGUGUACUCCUCUAGCACUCGUUCAAGGUACCAACGAGGAAGAUCAGUAUAUUCUCAAAUCAGCUACACUCCAGGAGAGCCUGCUCCCCCACUCAUGCCAGUAUCCAGACAUGUCGGCAAAACCACUGGGAGGCAAAGCGAUCCUGUUAAGGCACCAACCAAGGGUGGCUUCUGAAGAUAUCUGGUCUUAAUGUUCCAGGUGUCUCAUUGCUGUUGCAUGAUCUGAUGCCAAUAAACUGUUUCACAAAA